AUUCCUCUCCCUUCAGCUGGCGCAUCGAGCACGAGAACAAAGAUGGCCGCCAUCGAUUCACCAACUCAUUCGAAAAGCGAAGCAGUAUUCGGGUCCAACGAGAAUGGAACGAGGUUCUCCGAGACAGAAUUCAAGGAAGAGGUCGGGGGUUUGCAGUUCGACCAAUAUCUCACUGGAGGACUAGGUCGCCAUCUGGGCAUCUUCAGCACGACCUCUCUGAUUAUCGGACGAAUUAUUGGUACCGGAAUUUUCUCAACCCCCUCAUCGAUUGUCAAUGGCGUCGGAUCUUUGGGUGCCUCGAUGCUCCUGUGGGUGCUGGGACUCUUGCUGUCCGUAUCUGGGCUCUGUGUUUGGCUUGAGUUUGCUUGCAUGAUUCCCCGGAGCGGUGGCGAGAAGGUAUAUCUAGAGGCAGCAUAUCGUCGACCAAAAAUGUUGAUAACCACAAUAUUUGCGGUCCAGGCGAUUGCCCUUGGCUUCACCGCUUCUGGCUGCAUUGUGUUUGCAUCAAAUAUUUUGGUAGCAGCCAACAGGACAGUCACGGAAUGGGCAGAACGUGGCAUUGCGAUUGGAGUUAUCAUCUCCGUAACUCUGAUUCAUACAUUCGUUCCGAAGCUUGGCGUACACGGAAUGAACUUCUUUACCGUCUUGAAACUCGUUCUUCUCCUAUUUAUCGUUAUUACAGGAUGGGUGGUCCUUGGAGGAGGUGUUUCUCGAGUACCUGACCCUCACGCAAGUUUUCACGAUUCGUUUGCCGGGUCUGCCAAGUCCGGCAAUCCAUAUGCAACAGCACUGUUCAAAGUACUGAAUUCAUACGCAGGAUGGUCUAAUGCAAUGUACGUGCUUAACGAGGUGAAAGAUCCCGUUCGCACCAUCAAGAUUGCUGGUCCUCUGGGCCUCUCGACAUGUGGAAUUCUAUAUAUCCUUGCGAACGUGGCGUACUUUUCUGCGGCAACUCCCGCUGAAAUUGCGAAAAGCGGAACCACCGUCGCUUCUUUCUUUAUGAAGAAGGUAUUCGGGACUGCCGCUCAAAGGGCGCUUAGUGUUCUUGUAGCCCUCUCGGCGUACGGCAAUGUAUUGACAGUAACCUUUGCGCAGUCCCGAGUUAACCAGGAGCUUGCGAAAGAAGGUGUUAUCCCUUAUCCACGAUUCUGGGCUUCAUCAUGGCCGUUUGGUUCCCCAUCCGCCGGUUUGAUUCUGCAUUUUAUCCCUUCGUUUAUUGUCAUCGUUGCUAUACCAUUCGGAGACGCCUACAACUUCAUCCUCGAUGUAGAGGGUUACCCAGGAGCGGUAAUGAACUUCCUCGUAGUCACUGGUCUAUUUUAUCUCCGUUGGACAGAACCAAAAGCGCCACGACCAUUCAAAGUAUGGCUGCCCGUUGCAGCGUUCUUCAUGCUUGGGCAGGCAUUCCAGCUUAUAGCUCCAUUCCUGAGACCCCCAGGAGGAAAGGGUGAUACUAGUCUCCCAUAUUGGCUGUAUGCCAUCGUGGGUAUAUCGAUUUUGGCAGCGUCUGUUGUCUACUGGGCUAUCUGGUGGGUGGCAGCCCCCAAGUUAGGCGGAUAUACGCUGGAGCCGCGCAACGAGCCUCUUAAAGAUGGGACAAACGUAAUUGUUUAUCACCGCGUACCUAGGAAGUCCCGGGGGGCUUGA